AUCAGAGAUUUCUCAACCAACCGCAUUAACUUGGUUAUCGUUUUCUUCAUAAACGCCUUGUAUUCAUUUUCUACGCAUAAUAUCAAACCCUCUCUGAUUCUGAACACCUCCAAAUCACAAAAAAUCUCCAAUCGAAACUCUUUCAACCACUCAUCCAAACAAUUCAAAAUUUUGGUUUUUCAGCAACGAGACAGAGCGUAAUUCGAUAUCGAGCUAUCUCUUUCUUGACAUUCUUUAUUGUGUAAAUUGUCAGUUGAUAGAUGGGAGUGGGACAAAACAGUUCUGACACAGAUCAUGAGGACCUGUCGAUUGGCAUGGAAUACAGAACAGUCUCUGGCGUUGCGGGGCCACUUGUUAUUCUUGACAAAGUGAAGGGUCCUAAAUAUCAGGAGAUUGUCAAUAUUCGCCUGGGAGAUGGAACAAUCCGACGUGGUCAAGUCUUGGAAGUUGAUGGGGAGAAAGCUGUUGUGCAGGUUUUUGAAGGAACAUCUGGAAUUGACAACAAAUACACAACCGUGCAAUUUACAGGGGAGGUUUUGAAAACUCCUGUUUCAAUGGAUAUGCUUGGACGCAUAUUUAAUGGUUCUGGAAAGCCCAUUGAUAAUGGACCUCCAAUCUUACCAGAGGCUUACCUAGAUAUAUCUGGAAGCUCCAUUAACCCUAGUGAGAGAACCUAUCCUGAAGAGAUGAUACAAACGGGGAUUUCUACAAUUGACGUGAUGAACUCCAUUGCUCGUGGACAGAAGAUCCCUCUUUUCUCUGCUGCUGGUCUCCCUCAUAAUGAAAUAGCUGCUCAGAUCUGCCGUCAGGCUGGUCUUGUAAAACGGUUGGAAAAGUCUGAUAAUCUCCUUGAGGAUGGCGGAGAGGACAAUUUUGCCAUUGUGUUUGCUGCUAUGGGUGUAAAUAUGGAGACAGCCCAAUUUUUUAAGCGUGAUUUUGAGGAGAAUGGAUCAAUGGAGAGAGUGACCCUUUUCCUAAAUCUGGCCAAUGACCCCACUAUUGAGCGCAUUAUUACUCCCCGAAUUGCUCUCACAACUGCAGAAUACUUGGCCUAUGAAUGUGGGAAGCAUGUUCUUGUCAUACUAACAGAUAUGAGUUCUUAUGCUGAUGCUCUUCGCGAGGUAUCUGCUGCCAGAGAGGAAGUUCCUGGAAGGCGUGGGUAUCCUGGAUACAUGUAUACUGAUUUGGCAACAAUAUAUGAGCGCGCUGGACGUAUUGAAGGAAGGAAGGGCUCCAUCACUCAGAUUCCUAUAUUAACUAUGCCUAAUGAUGAUAUCACACAUCCAACUCCAGAUCUUACAGGCUAUAUUACUGAGGGGCAGAUAUACAUUGAUAGGCAGCUCCACAAUCGGCAGAUAUACCCACCUAUUAAUGUACUCCCGUCACUUUCCCGAUUAAUGAAGAGUGCUAUUGGUGAGGGAAUGACUCGAAGAGACCAUGCUGAUGUCUCCAACCAGCUAUAUGCAAAUUAUGCCAUUGGAAAGGAUGUUCAAGCAAUGAAAGCUGUAGUUGGAGAAGAGGCACUUUCUUCUGAGGAUCUGCUUUAUUUGGAGUUCCUGGACAAAUUUGAGAGGAAAUUUGUGGCUCAAGGGGCCUAUGAUACCCGGAACAUUUUCCAGUCACUUGAUUUGGCAUGGACACUGCUUCGUAUCUUCCCCCGUGAGCUUCUCCACCGUAUACCAGCAAAGACAUUGGACCAGUACUACAGCCGCGAUGCACCAAACUAAAAUGGAUAACGAGUUUAUGGAUCCUUCCCUUGAAUUGUGGUUCGCUUCAAAGUGGCUGAGUUGUUGUUUCACCUCUAAUAAUUUUACUGGGCUGCAUGAAUUCUCAGAAAAAGGUGAAGUGGAUUCUCAUCUCAGUCUAAAACACAGCUGUUUAUUUCAUUAAAAUAGUUAUGAGGAUUCUUAUAUGAGGCAGUUAUGUAGUUUAUGUUAAAGGCUUGUAAUUUUGACUUGUUAUAUUUGGUAUUGUCUAUCCUUGUAUUUGGAUGUGAAAAUUGAAUGUUAGGAACACAUGAGGUUUUAAUAAUAAAGUUUUACUGUUUAUUUUUAGUUUAA